UAUUACUAAGAUUUAAAAAAAAAAGGGAAAAUUCAUUUGUCUUCAAUUCUUCCAUCAUCAUCAACCAAAUUUAUGGAGCAGGUACACCAAAAAAUGGAAGAAGAUGUUCGGUUAAGUUCAGAAAGUACUACGGAAGUUGAAGAUGAUUAUUCAGACAUCAGACUUAGGCUGCCGGACUUAGCAGAUGCUGAUGAUUUCAUGGAGUGGCUUACAGAUGAAAGAGUGAGCAAAUUCUGCUCUUGGGACUGUUACACAUCCAAAGAAGCUGCCAUGGAUUAUCUUGCCAACGAAGCUAUUCCCCAUCCAUGGUACAGAGUAAUAUGCCUGAAAGAUAAGCCUAUUGGUUCAAUUUCUGUGGCUCCAUUCCGCGGUGACGAAAUAUGCAGGGGUGAAAUUGGGUAUGUAUUGGCAUCCAAGUAUUGGGGCAAAGGAAUUGCUACUAAGGCGGUGAAAAUGGUGGCUUCCACGAUAUUUGUCGAGUGGCCGCAUCUGGAAAGGCUCGAAGCUCUUGUGGACGUUGAAAAUAUGGGAUCCCAGAAGGUGAUGGAAAAGGUUGGAUUCAGCAGAGAAGGUGUUCUGAGGAAGUAUUGUCUUCUCAAGGGCAAACCGAGGGACAUGGUUAUGUUUAGUCUUCUGUCUACUGAUCCCCAAGUCAAUUAUUUUAUGUAUGAUUGAAUUAGGCAUCCAAGUGAAUCAGGACGGGAGGCAAUUGUUCAUAGAUAAUGUAGUUUGAUUAUCAGUGUAUGAAAAAUAUGUAUAAUUUAAUGGUGACCUAACUUUCUUUA